AUGAAGCUGUCCGUGGUGUUGCUGGUGGCAAUGGUGGCCGUAUCGGUUGCCAUGGCCAAGAAUGUGCCGAAGCGCAAGGGUACGUUGCCGCUGGAGCUAGUGAGCAAGAUGUUCGGUGGAUACGGUCCCCUGCCGAAGGUCCCGGAGGGCUACAAACCAAGUCCGUACACGACGGAGGGUCGCUUUACAUCGCGCAUCAACCACUUCGACCCGCAGGAUCGUUCCACGUUCGAGUUUAACUACUUGACCAACGAUCAGUACUACCGCGAGGGUGGCCCACUGUUUGUGGUCGUCGGUGGACACCACAGUCUGAAUCCGUACUUCCUGGAGGACAGUCACUUCCGCGAUGUCGCUGCCCUGAACGGAGCCUUCCUGGCCAACAACGAGCACCGUUUCUUCGGAACCAGCGUUCCCACUGAGGAUCUUUCGUCGGAGAACCUGCGCUUCCUGCGUACCGAGCAGGCCCUGUUCGAUCUGAUCGAAUGGAUUGAUUUCCUGAAGCGCGAGGUGAUGGGAGACCCGAAUGCCCGUGUCAUCGUUCACGGAUUCAGCUACGGUGGUGCUCUGGCCACCUGGGCUCGUCAGCGCUUCCCGAACAUCAUCGAUGGUGCCUGGGGUUCCAGUGCGACCGUGCGCGCCACCGUUGAGUUCAGUGAGUUCACCGAGGACUUUGGAAACACGAUCCGCGUCAAGGGUAGCGACGAGUGCUACAGCGCCAUCUUCCGCGCGUUCCACACGAUCGAGAACCUGCUCGAUGCCGGUCUGACCGAGCGUGUGUCCAGCACCUUCAACACCUGUGACCCGAUUGAUGCCGAUAACGCCCUACAGGUCGAGCUGUUCCUCCACCUGAUGACGCUCUCGCUCGAGAUCUCCAUGUUCGAGGACUUCGAUAUCGAGAACGUACAGAACGUGUGCAACCAGCUGACGGACGAUAGCUUCGACACGAGCAUGGAAGCGCUGGCCGAAUAUCUGAAGAACCGCUACGCCGACGUGCGCGACUGCUUCGACCUAUCGUUCGAGAACUUCAUCUCGAUCCUGGGUGACGAAUCGCUGGAUGCGCCCCAGAACCUGGACUAUGGUCUACGCCAGCUGAACUACCACAUCUGCACGGAGUUCGGUUACUUCCAGUCGGCCCGUUCGCGCGAGCAGCCCUUCGGCUCGAAGGUGACCUACGAUCUGUUCCUAGAGGAGUGCGCGGCCGUGUUCGGCGAGUGGCUGACAUCCGAGGUCCUGUAUGACGGAGUCCGCCUGACCAACUUCCAUUUCGGUGCGACCGAUCCGCGUACCACCAACGUGCUCUUCACCAACGGUGGCAUCGAUCCGUUCCGUUACGUCUCGAUCACCCAGUACCAAAACCUUCUGUCGAACGCCCGUGUCACUCCGGCCGCCUUCUACACCGAGGACAUCCGUUCCAUUUCCGGUUACGAUUCGGAGGAGAUGCUCGAGACCAAGCACAUGGUCGAGCAGUACAUCACCACCUGGCUCGGUUCGCAGAUCAGCCCGUUCGCCGUCCGGAAGUAA